AUGUACCCAAACCCUCCCGUAGCUGUGGCUAUUGCAGAAGGACAGAAUGUGUCGGAUGAGCUACUUGACCAAGCAGCUGACCACUUCGAGGCUUUUUUCUCGGAAGUUUUCGAGGAGUUGGCGAAGUACGGCGAGGUAGAGGAUAUGGUGGUGUGCGACAACAUAGAAGAAACUAUUUCGGAAGAUGUACGAGGAUCACCCAGACUACGGGAGGCAACGUUCACCUGGGCGAAGGAGAUCAAGGUCGCGGGGGCGAUCCUCCUCUCCAAGAAGGCCAACAAGGAGACGUUCCCCAAGCAUACAACGGCCAGAACGUCGGACCAGCGAAGAGCGGAGAGCAAUGAUCGCGAAGUGGAAUGA